AUGAAGGCCAAUGUGGAAGAAGAUGUCAAAAAGAAGAAGAGCCUAGCAUUAAAGUCCACUCAAGUCCAAGAGGACUCUGAAACUGAAGCUGAACUAAAUGAUGAAGAGUUCGCUUACUUGACCAAGAAGUUCAAAAUGCAUUUUAGGAAAAGGAACUUCUCAAAGAAAGUCAACAAUCAAGAAGGCAAAGGAGAAAAGAGCAACAGAGAUACAAUCAUCUAUUAUGAAUGCAAAAAGCCCGGACACGUGAAGUGGGACUGUCCUCAAAGAAAAGCUAUUUCAAAGAAGAAAAGAAAAGCUAUUUCAAAGAAGAACAAGAAGGCCAUGAAAGCUACAUGGGACGAAAGCGAUGAAAGUGAAUCUAAAAGCGAGGAAGAAGUAGCAAAUCUAUGCGUUAUGGCUUUUGGAGACGAUGACGACGACAAUGAUGAGCCAUGUCAAGACCCAUCACCCUUUAUUGUGACAAUAGUUGGUGUUAUGGCUAAUUCCAAGGAGCCCAGAUGCCACAAGUGUGGAAAGCAUAUUGAGCACAAGUAUCACCUAAUUCGAGAGAUUGUGCAUUGA